UCCGCCAUGGCGGCCGGCACCGAGGAGGGGCUGGGCACCGUGUGCUGGUGGGGGCUGUCCCCGGCGCUCGACCUCCGCCAGCACCUCCCGCCGGACCCCGGACCCGGCCCCGCGGCGGAGGCGGCCGUGCUGCUGGUGGGGGCGGCGGAGGGGCGGCACCUCCUGCUGACGGCGGCCCGGGCCCGGCGGGGGCCCCCCCGGCCCAUCACCCUGUUCGUGGCGGAGCAGCACCCCGAGGCCGUGGCGCGGCAGCUCCUCUUCCUCCUCCUGGCCAUCGAAGCCCCGGGAUGCGCCGGGCCGGCAGCCCGCGCCGCCGCCCUCCUGGAGCUGCUGGGCUCCGUCCGGCUCCGCACCGGCACCGCCGCGCUGCUGAGCGGGGCCGCCGCCCGCCUGCGCCGCUGGGUCACGGCGGACCCGCACCGGGGGGCGCCGGUGCCGCGGGGGCCCGCGACCUGCGGCUCAUGGGGUGCCGGUGCCGGGCCGUACCGCAGCCGCCGCCGGCAGUGCCGGGAGCGGGACGCGCUGGAGGCCGUGCUGCGCCGCUGGGAGCGGCCGGGGCCGGUACCGGAGUCCCCGCUGUGGGAGCGGCGGCUGCGGCGGCGCCUCGGGACGAGAUACGAGGCGAGGGCGGCGGUGGCGGACUGGGAGCUGCGGAUGGGGCUGCACCCCCGGGGGGCCACCACCAUUUCCCCGGAUGAGUUCGGGCUCUGGCGCGAGAGCGGCGUCGCCUUCGUCCCGCGGGGGGGGGGCCGACACCCCAACCCCACCCUGCAGAGCAGCCGCCGGCCCCCGCGCCGUGAGUGGGGAGGGGGGUCCCGGGGAGGGUUCCCGGGGGGGGGCCGGGGCCCUGACCCCCCCCUCCCCCAGGACGGGCGGCUGGGGCCGGACAGUGGCUACUGGGGUGACACCGUGACCGGGCCCUUCCUCGCCUUCGGCCUCGCCACCGAUGAGCUGCGGAGCCCCGGGAAG